CAGUACUGCUCGGUUCGAUCGCCAACUUGCUGCCCAAAUCGCGACGAUGACUGCACAGCGCCGAUCCUCGGCGAUCACCUCUGCUAUUGUGACAUGUUCUGCGAUCGAGGACCUGAUGGGGGAAAUGAUUGUUGUCCUGAUUUUGAGGCGACAUGUCGAGGGAUCCAUCACCAACACCGACCGGACUUGAAUGGACGAGAAUGUGUUUCUGAUGGUGUUCAUUAUCGAGAAGGUGAUUCGAUUGAGCAGAAUUGCCAGACAUGGUAG